AUGCCCUCUCAAAACACGCCCUACUCGCAUUUCGAGCCGGCCUCGGCACCGUUCAACCCGCGCCACGCUGCAAUCGGUGGCUUUGCGGUCGGUGGCUUCCUCGCCUUUGCCGCUGCGCUUGCGGCGCUGGUGCUCUACUGCGAUCCCCAAAUCCAGACGCAGGCAGUGACGGUGGAAACAGCGCCGACGGCACACAAGUUUGCUGUCGACUUUUCCACGCCGGUCGAGCUCCAGGAGUACCGUGGCACCUGCUGGAUCUUUGCGGCGGUCGCAGUCCUCGAGUGGUCGUAUCGAUCGCAAGGCGUCGCGCGCGGCUGGCUCGGCGCCGAUCAGUACGUGAGGCUGUCGGAGCAGGCUUUCGGCGUGGCCGUCCUUGACGCCUGCCGCGCGCUCAACGAUGGAACCUCUUGCGUCGUCGGCGACGAGACCGCCGCACUUCCCUGGUCUGUCUGCCCGUACACCGCCAAGCCUGGCAGCGACGGCGAGUGCCCUGGCCUGGCUGAGGCGCGUGCGACCAACCCGCUCACCUUCUCGCUCGCGUCAAUCGACUGGCUGUACGAGCGGCGAGCCGUCACGCAGCGGUGCGUCGGACCCGACUCUGUGCCUGUGCCGCAACAGCUGUCCUUCGUCAAUAGGCGAGCCGUCACGCAGCGGCUGCGCGAGACGCAGCGGCUGAUGACCCUCUCCACGCCGCUGCUGACCGUGCGCUACCUGCUGCCCUGCACCGCCGCGUCGGCACACGUGCUCAAGUGCAACCCGAAGGACAAGGAGGAGUGCCGCGUGUGCCCCGCCGAGCCAGCCUUCGGCGGUGCCGCGUGCUGCGUCGUGUCGGAGCGCGAUUCGAGCACGAUGGGAGGCGAGUUCUUCCGGCUGCCGUCCGGCUCGCAUCUCGAGCCCGUGCUGGAGGGCGCGCACGCGAUGGCCCUCGUCGGCUACAGCGACGUCUUCCGAUCGCAGCAAGGCUUCGUGGGCGGCUACAUUGUCAAGAAUUCCUGGUGGGACGGGCUGCCGCCGGGGCCAGGAUGGAAGCAGGCGCGCGGGUCGCACUCCGUGGCGUUCUUCAUGCAGCAAGUCAGCCCUGCCGACGAGGCUGCAGUCUGCCCCAAUGCGCACGC